UUUUGUUUUCAAUGGCCGGCCAUGCAGGCAAAAACUUCAGUGGAAGUUAAAGGAGAAAUUUCACCGUCUACAUGCGUCUAUACGAGCUGUUACUGGUAUGUGACUAUCUUUAUACGUAAAUGUCCUACUCACAUACCCUAGUGUGGUAUAAUAUGCACAUCUUACGGCGCAAAAGGAGAAUUUACAAGUGCAGAUGUCUGAAAAGUGCAAAAGCAUUUUGAUCCGUUAUGUCGUGCGAAAUUUGUACAUUACAAAAACUUGGCUUUUUCAAGUUUUGUAGGGCAGUUGGGUCUUCCUGAUAUUUGCCUUACCGAACAUUAUUUAAGAAGAUGAUCUGAAUUUUUUUCGGUUUUUCAAUAGUAUUGGUGGGCACUUCUUUCGCGGGGUUUUCCCGGGCUGUGAUCCGGUUUAUAGAAUUGGUACAUUACAAGUUUUAUUGACCUUAAAACACAAACCUUUUCUUUGAAUUUGCAAAAAUUUUAUUUCUAUGGAGUAAACAGAUUAUUCAAUAAGUAACGUGCAUUGGAAAUUUUAAGGAAAAUUAUCGUUGUUGUAAAUCAGUAUUUCAAGGUUUUUUAAAAGAUGUUUUUACGAUCGCACCGAAAUUAACUUUCACUGUUUUUUUGCCUUCACAAGUUCAAGUUUUUAUAAUCCCAAUUCCCUUCCGAAAAGGAGUUAUGAAUUCAUAGGUAAAGAGAGAGAACGUUAAAGCUUGUUUCUAGGCCUGCGAAUAGUGCAAUAGUCGAUAUAUGUUUUAGGCCAAGUCCGAGCGCGGCAAAGUGAAACUAUUAAAAAGUGCUUCUGACAAAUUUUUUUCCUGACGACUUUUACCAAUGGAUUCUACAGUUAAAACUUAUCCGAUAUAACUACUUAUAGAAAUAUGUUUUUUGAUGCUUUUGCAUUCUUUCUGUAUGACAAAUUUUCAAAAAGGUGCAGCGAGGUCACCUUGUGUCAUGUGAGUGAAACACAUGCUUGGCACUAGUGUUGUUGUUGGUCAUGGUUCAUCCCCAAUUUUUAAAAUGGUGUCCCACAAUGCAUUUCAGCUUUUGAAAGUCAAAGCAGUUCACAGUGCAUGCAUCUGCAGACUAAAACUGACAAACUGACCAAACUGCUGAAUGGAAGGCAGUUUUGUCUCUGUUUGUUUUGUUCACUUUAAUGAGGGGCUGUUCUUUGUAAAAUAGCAAACUUUUAGCUGCUUUUUUCAAGGUCCAAUGAUACUCACAGUAGGCAGCUUCUAGUGUAAAUAAAAGGGUUUGUCUUCCUUUUUUCCAACCUUGUUUUCCUUUCGAUUUUCAGUGCAUCCAGCACUCCCAGCAAGGUUAGCAUUUUCAGAAAUUGUGGGCUUAUUUCUCAAAAAUGCAGAUAUAUUUUCACUUUAUUUUCAUGAAUUAUGCUUUUCCAUUCCAACCAAGAACCUUAGGUUUUUGCAGGUUGUUAGCUUAGUUUUUUUUCUACCUUUGUAUGUGCAAAAAGACAAUAAUACAAUAUGUCAUGAUUUUUGACAACUGUGGGGUGGUUUUCUUUUUUCAGUGAAGAAAAUGUGUGGAAAUUAUGUGAGCAGAUAAAGGAGGAAAAAGAGCAAAGCCUGAAUGAAUAUUAUGCAGUUUUCAUUUCAAAUGAUAAGAGACAGGUAUGUUUUUUUGAUACAGUGGAACUCAACUAGUAUACAUACCAUUUUAUUUGGCCACUUUUUUAUUACAGGUACUUUGAUUUGUUGCCAGCAAAAAGCCCUUAAAUUUUGUUAUGUAAUAAAUUGAACAUCUGGUUAUUAUGUAUUUUGAUGGCCAUUUAAUUGGUAACUAAAAGAGGGUCGUACAGGGGGGGUCUCUCGCACGGUUCACGAACAGAAAAAACAGCGAAUCACGGAUCACGGCUAUCAAAAUUUCAUUUUCCCGAAUCACGAAAAUAAACAAGUAAGGUACUCGUUUUAAUAACCUUCUCUUACAGCAGAAAGAGUGUUUGAAGAAAGCAAAAUCGUUAAAGGUUAAGUAAAGGCUGCUUAUCGGAAAUCACAUACCUAAAUCACUCUCGAUGGACGACUCUGACCAUUCGUCCACUUCGCGUUGUAACUGCCCGAAGAAACAACAAAUCGUCUAAAGAAUCUACCUCGUAAUUGUCAGCGAUAGGAUAUUCAGCGUCUGAGUCAGUGUCAUACUCUUCCUCCUCUUCUACCUCGGCUUCCUCUACUACUUGAACAUCUUCAAUGGCCUCGUGAGAUGUAGAAGGCGUAACAGUCGUAAAAGCAGAAGGAACAGUCUCCUCUUUGACAGUGUUAGGGCUGAAUGAGACUUUAUCUUUAGGAUAGUCUGAUGUUCUGUACAUGUUUAACGGCAAUGUUCCAGCCUUCAACAUGGUAGUCUCUUGUCUCACACUUCUCUGUCGUGCAGCCCUCCCAUUAUUUGUCGCCCACUUAAUCAUGAGGUCUUUUUCCUGCCUAUUUAACUCCCUUCUUGCCUUAAGAUGCUCCAGCUUCGGAAUGGCAUUUAGUGGAGUGCUCUGGCGCAACACGGGAUAAUAUGAUUUAUCAUGUGUGAAGUAGUAGGCACUCCAGGGUACUACACGUUUAAUUUCUAAGUUAACUUUGUACUACCAUCGUCAUCCUGACAUAGUCGCCGUAUUCUAUUGUUCUUCUUUUAACCUUGAUUACUUAUUAACCUAUAGAAAAGUCGGCCCGUAUCUUUCAGAACGGUCCUUGAUGUCGUUUAAUAAGAAGUAAAUAAAUUCCUACCUUGUAAUGAAGAUGUAUUUCCUGAUAGUAGCGGCCUCUCCUCGUCCCAUUGCUCUUGUGUAUUUAUCGCAAAGGCCUUACUGCCAUCUUUUCCCUUUUCGAGACGACAAAAUAUUUAACUUCAACACAGGGGCAGAGGCCACGUUUCUCAGCCUCUGCCUUUAAUCCGGCAAAUUCCGCGAACUUUUUAGUAAACACUGCCAAAGAUGAAUGUUCAUCUGUAAUUGGAAAGCGAACUCGUUCCUUUCCAAGAAAAUUAAGCGAGCCGACAGACUUUGGGUCAACGUAAAAUACAAUACAUUCGACCCUCAUCGUACUAUACGUACUCGUCCCCUCCAUGUCUCGGAUGUUUCAAUGUUUUGGAUCACUGUCCUUUGACCUCCAGUGACAUAGGAGACCAUAGGAUUAGGCAUAGGAAUAGACAUCUGAUCCAUGAUAGGCAUGUAAAGCACGUGAAUUUGCACCGUGGAUUACUUUAAUUAAAGCGAAGUCUGUUACUUGUCACAUUUGAUGUUUUCAGUCUUAAAAUAAGUCUUCCGGAGCACUCGCAUCUCAAAAUCACGCCAAAUAGAGUGGUGAAAUCACGAAUAACGGUUAAUAAUUCAAGUUCUUCACGAGUCACGCAAAACCUUCAGAUAACGGAUCACGAAGAAUAAUUUGUUAAAUUCACGUUUCACGGAAAAUAAAUCAGCCAAUCACGCAUCACGGGAAUACCUCUGUACGACCCUCCUAAAAUAAUGUAGUAAAAGUAAGGAAUUAAUUUUGGCAACCUGUGUGUAAAUAAGUUCAUUUUUAUGGUCUUCCUAAAGUUGGUGAGAUCUGAUGCUUCAACAUUCGCUUGAAAUCAUAUGCACCUAUUUCUUUCUAAUUCACUUCUCUCACUCUAGCUGUCCCUGUAAAGCUUAAGAUAUGUGGUGGGCCUCCCAAUUUGACUGCCAUAGUUAGUUCUUAAGCCACCAUUUUUAUUACAGCUUCUGUAAAGUGCUAGUCAUGAAGAAACUGAUCAUGGAUUAUCAUUUAUGACAAAACAACUUAACAGCAGUCCAUUUUAAUCCUCAAAAAAGAGAGUUUUCUUGUUCGCUAAAUAUCCCCCUUCCCCCGCCCCCCCGCCCCUAUUCAAUGUUGGGAUAUAACAGAACAAUUACGCGCGCAGACAUUAAUGUUUUGCUGAACAACGGGUCAGGGCCGGGGAGGGGGGAAGAAGGAAAAAAAGGGGUUAAAAAAGCAACCUUCCCAACACUUUUGACAAAGAAGGUUGAUUCCCAAGUUCCUAUGUUAUAAAUAAUUAGGGCUUAAGGAGACAAAGAAAACUGAGAAUCAACCUAGGUUAAAAAGGUUUAACCUGAAUAUGAUUUUGACCUGUAACAGUCAUCUUAAUGGAUUUCGACUGUUUGACAGGAAGAUAAAGAUUUGAUGACAAGUAGAUCAGUGUCUCUUUGUCAGUAUUAAUCAUUGAUCAUAACAGUUGCUACAAGUACCCUCUAGUUAUCUCUUUCCUUGUUAUAAUUAACAAGUUAGUGUACUUACUUGGUGUAAUACAGGUUCCUUUAUGGAUGCAAAAAUCAGCAAAAGAACCAUUAGCUCCAGUAGUAUGGGUAAGUUGUCAAAUAGAACCCUGUGGGCUCUAGCUAUAGCAAUUCUGCUAAAAAUAAUCUUGUCUUAUCCAUGGUUCAAAUGUUAUUUUAACUUUUAACCAAGAAAACAAAUAUUGAAAAUAUAAAAGUGAACAGCAACAUAAUAAUAAUAAUAUUGUGAAAAUAAUAUGAUCAGUGUGUCACGAGCAUGAGACAAGGAAAAAAUCUGAAUGGUCAGCCGAAUUCGAACCUAUGACCUCCCAGACCCCAGGCGGGCACUCCUGAGCUACAUAGAACGCAUGGAGAGCAAGGCCAUACACUAGGUUCAUAUUUGACAUGCGUCCUGCAUACUGCUAGGAUCAGCGAUGUCGAUGUCGCAAUGGGUGGUGAAGGAAAUGAAAGAUGGUAAAUUUUAAGCUCGGUGAAACAAAUGUGAAAAUAAUAUGAUCAGCAUGUCACGAGUGUGGGACAAAGAAAAAAUCUGAGUCCCCGACAGGAUUCUCAAUGCUUGCAACAUGCUGAUCAUGUUAUUUUCACAUUUGUUUCACUGAGCUUAAAAUUUACCAUCUUUCGUUUCUUUCACCAUAAUAAUAAUUAUUAACACACUCAGAGCGCAAAUGAAGUUGUCACGCAGCUGUAACUGUAGUGCUUAUUUCUUUUUCUGGAAAAAAUAUAUUCAUGCCACAUUUGGUUAUGAACACUUAUUAGUAGUCUAAUGAAAUCAUGCAGGUAAGAAGAAAAUAAUGGACUCAUUUCAGAUAAUGUUGGAUUUUUAGGAUUAUCAUGUUCUUUUACUACGAAAAGUGGAGGAGAAGAGUCUCAUUUAUGAUCUGGAUUCUAUCCUACCUUUUCCUUGUCCAUUUACUCAGUACGCUGAACAAGCUAUACAGAGUGACAGACGACUAAAAAAGCAAUUCCACAGGUAAUUUCCAGGCCCCAUUUGAAAAUGUAGAUAAAUAUUGCUCAAUCCACUGGAUAAAUGGCUAUCCAGAGGAAUGUAGAGCAAUAUUGAUUUUCCUAAUAUUUUAUCUUUUGCAUAAUGAUUUUUCCAGUGGAUAGUGCUAUCCAACAUUUGAAUAUCUGGGACCAGUAUGUUAGUUGACAUAUUUCAUGAUGGAGACAUGCACUUUGGUUUUGCAGUUGUGAACCUUACCAAAUUCCAUUUAAAGAUAUUUGGGGUUACGAAUGGGCUAGAUUCUAAAAUUCCUGGCAGUUUAAUCCAUGUCAAAAACUGUACGGCUGGUACUAUGACUUCCCUUAGUCACUGACUUCAAUGACAAACUGGUUAAAGUUUAGGAUGAGGGCUAGAUGAUAGACGUGAGACCCCAGACCACUGUAGCAGUUAGGUUUGAUAGUAAGGAAAUUCUUAAACAUUGAAUUCUGGAGUACAUGUACAGGCAAAGUGCUAAGCAGUCUGUGGUAGUGUUAGGGUCAUUGUCUACCACUGACUUUGGGAAUAUUGACUGCAGGUGCAGUUUUAUUUUGACUCUCACUAUUCUUUUGAAAAUUAAAGACAAAUAAUACUUACUGGUCACUUGAGAUUAUGUAGUACCUCAAACACCAGUUCGAAUUUUAUACUUUAGAUUGAUCAGUAGCAAGGAAUAUUCUAGAAACCCUUCUGUAUAAUCCGUAACUCCCACCUAUUAAGCAUUUAUAAUAUUAAUUUUCAUUAAAAACUUUCUUGCAGAAAAUUCAGAGUAAUACCAGCAGAGGUAUUUCUUCGGACCUUUGCCUCAGACCGGUCGCACAUGAAGAAACCAAAUGGUGAAUGGAUCAAAACACCACCGCCAUAUGCACCAAUCAGAACAGCAGGUACACCUCAUUACAUCAAAGCUUCAAUAAUUUUAUAAACAGUCAAACCUUCAUGUGUGACCACCUCUCAUUUGCAACGACCAAUCAAAAACACCAAAAUUUUCUUAUGGCGCUUACGAUUUGUCAGAACUGACUGGCCAGCCCAUUCCCAUUGUAAUGAGAAUUUUGACUUUUAAUCAAAACUAACCAUCCACAUCAGUCAAAUCCUAAAUAUUAUACACAAAGGAGAUGGUUUUUCCGCAAAACCUCUUGGAAAAACCCUAUUUCAUUGCCAAAAUGUGUGUACGGCCAUGGUCUGCUGGCUGGCCAGUUCAGACUUUUGGAAGCGGCCUUAGUCAAAGCCUUAUAAUAAUUAUUAGAAUUUCUCGUAAACGAUCACCUCUCAUAGGCGACCUUGACCACCUUUUGGGCUGACAGUUUUAUAGUUUUCUAUUAUUUUUAACGUCUUGUAUAAAGUGACCACUUGAUGCAUGGUGUGCUCUCUUUGUAAUGUACUACACCCGGAGUAUACAAAGAACUUUCUUUGACAACAUGGAAUGACAUGUAUGUUAGGUAACUUAGAAAUUGCAUGCCAAAAAAUUAUCUGCCAAAAAGUAGAUGUGUAGGAACCUUUUCUUGGAAGAGACUCCCUGUGGUGUGAUUCUCAUUAGCAAUGUUUAUAGUGGUUGCUUAUGGGAGGUUCGAAGUCCUGUGUUUUUUUAUGAUAUCUUGACUAUUCUGCUACGGUGUUUUUAAAGUGAUUAUUUGUUUCACUUAAUACCUACCAUUUAAAUUCAGGGGGCAUCAGUUUUAUUUUUAUUACAAAAACAUUUGUAAAAUCGUUUUCUUCUUAGAAAUAGUAUUUAAUAUUCAAAUUUUCCUCCUUUCAAAUGAAAAAGAUGUACUCUUGAGCUUUAACCUUUCGGAAAAAUUAUGGUUUGUAAGGUUUUUAUUAAUAGCACAAAUAAGUCAAUUACUUUGCUUCAGUCCUACUGAGCCUUCUACUGCUGACAGACAGAUGACUUACCUUCCUUGAAAACAUGGUUAUUGAUUGAAACUGUAGAUUUUUAGCUGAGUAAUAUUUUUUGGGUUGUUAUUUUUGUUUACAGAAAGCACAAUGAACCUUCAGGACUUUAUAGACAUGACUGACGAAGGCGAGGGGCAAGUUAUGGACUACAAAACCUUCAUCAAAAGUUUUUCAUCAGCGGAUUAAAAGUGUUCGUUGAUAUAUUUUAAUAGUAAUUUCAAAGCCCACUUUUUUCUCCUGAUUGCUGUAAGUAUUCAAAUGUGCUUUACAUAAACUCUACAGUAAUCAGUGGGUGUCUUUUCUAAACUUCUCGUUCCUAUGGUACAUUAGCCUGCAAAACAGGGUAUCUUGCAGUGCAAACAAUGAUACUUACUUUCUCCCGCCAUCUUGGAUGUUGAAACUGACAGAGAAUUGGGGCAUUUCAGAGAAUUGGGGAGAUUUCAUUUAAAAAAUGCUUGCUUUAUGGGCUAAUGUUACAUUUUUCAUUUACUCAUAACUUAGGUUGUAUAAUAGUUUAUAGAUGGUUUAUAUAGGUAUAACAAUACUUCAACGGCUUGAUACGAUAUUUAACAGGAUACCUGAAGAUAAAAUGAUACCCUUGAUACGAUACAUGAUUGACUGACUUGCUCAGAAUGUUCUUUAACUGAUCAAUAGAAACUAAAAUUAACCCACUUUCGGAACGUUUUACAAGCGCGAACGCUCACGCGCGAUUCUCUGGCGGCUCAUUUAACUCAGUGAUCGCGCGUGGACCACACGUGCAUGAAUGUCCAACCAUAAACCGAUCUUAAAGCAAGUGAAAUAUCACGGUAUCAAGUACAGUAUCAUGCCGUGGUAGGCUAAUUGACCUCUUAUGUUACUGAGUAUUGUGUCAGUACUUAUUUUUGCGUGGUCUUUUUUUAAAUCCUCUAGAAGAGUCGAAACCCCCUCUAAGCCCCCGCCUAUUACAACAAGCAAUUUCUGUACACUGUUUUUCAUACUUUUUCUGAACUGUUCUCAUCAGGAGAACAUUUCCGUUAUUCUUAUGACCCUUUUUGACCUAACUAGUGGUAAUUGUACGGAGUAAUUGGGCGCUUGUCAUACUAUGAAGGCUUCAAUGAUUAAAAUUAUUGGGCGAAAGUCUAUUUCCACCCAUCUUACUUUUCCAUAAGCACUCACAUAUCAUCUUAAACUGCUACUUUCUGUUAGUUGUAAUAAGACUAAUUUCUUUAGUAAUCAGUUGUGAUCAGCAGUUUGAGAAGACAGACAGUGGAUGAUAUUUAGUUUUGUAUU